GAACUCUGCCACUUCUCACUUCCAGACUCCACCACCGCCUCCCGGACCAGAAGCCAGGAGCCUCGCCCCGCAGCAGCACAGGGAGCAAGGGUAUCAGCACUAACUUGUUUGCAGAGACCCCAUCACCUUCGGGAGCUCAGGUGCGCACCUUGCAAACUCCACUUUCUACAUCUGCCACUCACUGAGCCCGCGGGAGCCUCGGAAAGAGCCAUGGCCAACGCGGGGCUGCAGCUGCUGGGUUUCAUCCUGGCUUCUCUGGGAUGGAUCGGCUCCAUCGUCAGCACUGCCCUGCCCCAGUGGAAGAUUUACUCCUAUGCUGGGGACAACAUCGUGACGGCUCAGGCCAUCUACGAGGGACUGUGGAUGUCCUGCGUUUCGCAAAGCACCGGGCAGAUACAGUGCAAAGUCUUCGACUCCUUGCUGAAUCUGAACAGUACUUUGCAGGCAACCCGAGCCUUGAUGGUAAUUGGCAUCCUGCUGGGGCUGAUCGCAAUCUUUGUGUCCACCAUCGGCAUGAAGUGCAUGAGGUGCCUGGAGGAUGAUGAGGUGCAGAAGAUGUGGAUGGCUGUCAUUGGUGGCAUAAUAUUUUUAAUUUCAGGUCUGGCGACAUUAGUGGCCACAGCAUGGUAUGGAAACAGAAUUGUUCAAGAAUUCUAUGACCCCUUGACCCCCAUCAAUGCCAGGUAUGAAUUUGGCCAGGCCCUCUUUACUGGCUGGGCCGCUGCCUCCCUCUGCCUUCUGGGAGGUGUCCUACUUUCCUGCUCCUGUCCCCGGAAAACAACCUCUUACCCAACACCACGGCCUUAUCCCAAGCCAACACCUUCUAGUGGGAAAGACUACGUGUGACAGAGGCAAAGGAAGAGAUCCUCCUGGAGCAAAUACAAAAUGGACAUUGAAACUAGGAUUGACAUUAAUGCCUUAGACUGUUGAUGAUGGUUAUCUGAACUGUGGUAGAACAGAAGGAAGCAUAUUUUUAUACAUCCCCAUGGAUAUGCAGGCCUUGGCUGUGCCUUAUAAUCUUUCCUGAGUACAGGAGGGAAGCCUUUUGCCUGUGAACUGCUGCUUCCCUCUGAGAAAUCACACUCAAAUGGGGAUAAGGUGCUCCUUGCAUGUGUAUAGAUAUGUACAGAUACAUAUUUUCUAUUAAAAAAACAGACAAGUUAAAAAAUCCCUUAUUCUCCUCAUACUGUACCAGCAUACUUUAAAUGACUCUAAAAUAUAUACAAUUCUGUUUUGAUUGAAUAAGCCUUUUUGAUGUAUUAUUCUUUUUUCUCUAUGAACAUAUGUGAUCAGUCAAAUAUCACCCCUUUGAUCAGCAUUUAGUAAUUUUGCCAUAAGACCAGACUUCCUUAUGAACUCAGACUGUGUUCUUUUUUUUCCCCAUGUGUCUUCUUUACAUCAAAAUAUUUAAUUUUUUUACUCUGAAACCCACUUUUUCAGACUAUUAUUCUGAGGUUUGAUUCUAACUCCCGAAUCUAAUAAUGAAUUUGGAGCCCACAUUUUGAAGCUUAAAACCAGUAAGAUUCCCAUAGUCCCCCCGAUUCUGAGCUGUGGGGACAAACAUUCUAGACAGAUGAUGUUUUCCUGAUGACCUUUCUGCACGGUCUUUGCACUUCGGUCUGGAGCUAUCCUGUUUGCUUUAAAAAUAUUUGUUUCCCUGAGUGGCUGUGCUGCUAACCCUGUUGUUGAAACAGUUUUAUUGCCUGCAUUUUUUAGGUACUUAUUUUCCAUCCCAGAUCCUGCAAACUGCACUUCUCCUCUCCCCUCACCCCAGCUGUCUAGUUUCCCCACAUAUAAUUAUCCGACAGUUUAGCUCUUUUCAGAUAGGUGUGGUCUGUUUAUCUACACUAACUGCUAGACUUGCCAGAGUGGUAAUCUAGUGACAAAUAUUCCCUAGGUAGCCGUGGACAAUUUACAAUCUUUAUACCUCGUUUUCCCAUCUGUCAAAUUGAGAUAAUUAUACUUAAGCAGCUGGUAGAGGUAAUGCGAGUAUUAAUUAGUUGAUAUGACUCUCAUUCUUUGAACAUGAAAUAUGCCUAAGUAGUGUUUUUCCUUGCUCAAUUAGCAGUUUUGAAGACACUGAAUAAGAUCUAUGCACAUGCCUUCAACUGUUCUGUAUCUCUUUGUCAUGAGUUGAUUUCCUCCCAUCCAGCUGUGCAUGGCCUCUUGUUGGUGCUGUUUCGUUUUUACCAGUGCUCUUAAUAUUCUCAUCCAUAAGAAAGGCCCUUCAGUCAGCAGAGCAAGGUUUUGUAAUACAAAGGGUGUUGCCAUUGACAUUGGUAGACCUGGAUUUGCAUCUUGGUGCUAUCACUUAAUUACUGAGCUUGGGCAAAGGCUCUUGGUUGCCCUACAUGUAUUGCUACAUCUAGACAACGGGUUCAUUAACUCUUGUCCUGCCUAUGUUGCAUGAGUCAAGAGGGGGCAUAGGCUAACAUGGUUUUAUAUUGGAAAACAUGUUACUCUAUAAAUUAAUGGCUUUUGUGUUUAUUUUUUCAAACAACUGGAAAGAGAAAAACGUUAAGUGAGUUUCAUUCCUUAAGAACUCUCUCAAAUGAGGAGUUCCUAAAGCUUACUAAGUUAAACUGAUCUUAAGUCUUUAAGGCUUUUGGUUGGGAGUCAGUGUUUCAGUCUAUGGUCAAAACUGGCCAAGAGCUCCUAUGUCACUCAAAGAUCCUUCUUCCUCAGCCUCCCAACUGUUAAGAUGAGAGGCAUGAGCCCCUCCUACUGUUACACCCUAGUUUCAGUUGUUUGGCCUGGUACUUCUGUUGCUAAGCAAAUGUAAUGGUGAAAGUCUAUGUAUACUCUAAAGGUAAAUGAAGUGCUCUUUGUGAAGUGAUACUUUCAAAGUUAAAUGGAAGCUGACAGUUAUAGGAGAGGUUAAGAAUUAUAAUUCAUGGUAAAAACCACAUAGAUGAAGUUAUAGAAAGAAUGGAGUCUUAUGUGAAUUUGUACUAUGUAAGUUUUACUAUAUUUGUGUGUGUAAUCAUGCAAAGAUGUUUUGCCACAGAUACUGUGCUUAAUAUGUAAUGUAAAUGCAUAGAAAUGAUACUUGCAAAACUACACAAAUCUAUAUAUUCUAAAAUAAUCCCAUAGAAAUCUUAUGUCAGAACUUACCUAGUUUUGAUAUUUUUAUACCCUACUACCAAAGCUGGAAAGAGAUCAGAUGAUAUCUGGGGGCUGCAAUGGGAAUUUGUACAAAGCACUACUCUUUUUCAAUAAAUUGUUUUUUAAUUAAUAAA